UAAUUUGGCAUAAAACGGGAUUUGGGCGGUGUGCUAUAUGUUGAGCUAUUUUUUGUAGCAUUUCCACCUAGAAAGAGUUCGGAGUUUGUUUUCAAGCAAAGAUAUUGCUUUAUGUAAGGGGAACAGGUGUUUGUAAUUGUCCUAAAAACAGGGGGAAGUUAGCUAUUGUUGUUUGUCCCACUUAUCAACACCAUCAGCAGCUGCAGCUGUGACAGUGAUGAACAGCUCCUGGAGGCAAUCAAGGUGGUGGGAAAAUGCCUCUUCAACAUGGAGAAAUCUCAGCAGAUCAUGUUGCCUUUUCAUGUCUUUGUUCUCCAGGGGUAACACCAGUGGAUGAAGACGCUGCUGAUGAGACAUGUCCAUCCUCAGUUGAGAGGAUGCUCCUGGAUAGCACAGUAUUUUUUAUAUUUUUUUAUUUAUUUUUUUUUAGAGGUGAUGUUCAAACAAACCCUCAGCCCGUCUGGCCCAAGCCUGUCACCACUAAUACAUCAUGGUAAUGAAAUGGCACCAGCCCAAUGCUAUCUGUCAUAAGCAAUCUGCAUCUGCUUAGGGACUGAACGGAAAUGAGGAAGAGGGAUGAAAAGACAGAGGAAGACAGGAGAGACUGUCCCCCGAGCAGGUGCCAUGUUUGUGUUUUUGUGUGUGUGUGUGUGUCUAUGACUCAGUGCCCCCUCUCAGCACAAUGUGAACAGAUAUCGAUUUUGUUUUGAGAGGAGAAAAUCACAGCAGCAGGACACCUUAUCCCCCAUCUCUACUGGACCAAAUAGUUUAUGAAGAACAUCAGGCUGUUAUCAGUGAAGAGAAAGCCUGCCAUCUGAUGGACAAUGAAGAACUCACAGGCUGUCAGCAGGUCGUAUCCUUCUAUAUUGACGUUUUUCUAAUUUCUCAGGUACGGUCUAUGUAGGGCACACAGCAACUUACAGUUUAUAACUACUCAAGUGUUGUACAAUGACAGUGUGUUUAUUAUUCUUCCUCUUUUUUUCUCUUUUGUUUUUAUCUUUAAACCAAUAAUGGACCAGUGGGGACUCUGGCUCCUAAAAGCAGAUUACAGAGUCGCUCUGCUGCGUCAUGUAUUUUCUCCCACCUAUAGGACACUAACCAGAUCUGUAAGAAGAAACACAGGGAAACACUCUGACAGGACAUAUCCUCACCCAUAUUACAGACCAUGUUCCUGUGUUGUCUGAACCUAUUUUUGGAUCAUUAUCACUCCUCUGUCGUGGGAUGCAGCCAAACAGCUUGAGCCACAGCAACAACAAAGACAACAGCAGUGACAAAUGAACUUCAACACCAAUGCCCAUUGCGGCAGUCACACUAGGAAAGAAAAUAUUCAACCCUCAAGCAAAAUAGAUGCAUCACUGGUCCAGAGGACCAAGCAGCGGACAGUGCUCGGCGUCUUGUCAGAAAACGAGCAACGUGGUCGAUCCCUCAGCCAGGGAAGCCAAUUUUCCAAACACAGUUCGGUCUCAGACAGCUCUCAGCACACUUUUCUUCGCUGUCCCUCCAGUUCCAGCUAUGAUGUAUAUGUUGAAGAGGCUUGUGAAGUUGUUCUUGCAGCUUCUGGUCAAGAAGUAGUUUCAGACAGCUAUUACCUACAUACCCAAACUGCUGCACUGCAAAAUGAAGAUUUGAGACUCCUGCUGGAGCUUAGUUCAAGUUCAUGCCAGGAUGCUUCCAUGCAGUCUGAAUCAGAUGACUCCCUGAUGUUAGAGGGUGUGCUGUGUGUGUCUGAGUAUGCAGACGACAUUCACCGACACCUGAGGGAGAGUGAAGUGAAGUUGAGGCCAAGGCCUGGUUACUUAGAGAAGCAUCCAGAGAUCACCAGUAGCAUGCGGGUCAUCCUGGUCGACUGGCUGGUGGAGGUCGUUCAGGAGUACCAGCUUCAUUCUGAAACACUGUACCUUGCUGUCAACUACUUGGACCGUUUUCUCUCCUGCACAGCGUAUUUGAAACGGGGCAAGCUGCAGCUGGUCGGCACAGCUGCGUUACUGAUUGCUUCAAAAUAUGAGGAGAUCUUCCCUCCUGAGCUGAAUGAAUUUGUGUACAUCACAGACAGCACCUACACUAAGAAGCAGUUGGUUCGAAUGGAGCAUGUUUUCCUAAGAGCACUGGCCUUCAAGAUGGCAGCGCCCACCACAAACCAGUUCCUUCGCCUUUUCAUGUCUGUCCACUCUGUCUGUGCCAACACAGAGAGCUUGGCCCUGUAUGUAGCUGAGUUGAGCCUGCUGGAAAUUGAACCAUUCAUACAGUACACCCCAUCUAUAGUGGCAGCUGCAGCUUACUGCCUAGCUGCCUACACUGUUAACAAAUCUCUCUGGGUACUGUCGUGUUUCCUGGAUCACUCCACCUGUUGUUCUGUCUUUCCUAUGAAUCAUUGCUCCAUUCUUCUGAGCUUCUGCCAGAACAUAUGUAGACUGAGAACAAAACAAACACAGCUGAUUCUACUGUCAGUCUCAUACAUGACACACCCCUCUGGACACUUUAUUAUCUUUAGAUUUUUUUUCUUAUCGUUUAUGCAGAUACAAUAAAUUCUUUUAAUAUUUCAUGACUUAAGAAUUAUAACACUAGCAAAAGGUUUUUGAAGCUGGUAAGUCAUCAGUUCUAAUAUAUGCUUAUAUUUUGUUGAGAGUGAUCCAAAAUUCAUGUUAAAUCAUGAAUUGUAGCAACAUCCAUAGUUUUAAGAGUUGUUCUAAACACUUUUGUUAGUUUAUUUUCCAUAUGUCAUGUGUCAGUAUAAUUCGUCAUGUCUUUCUAAAUAAAGCUUUUUAUUGAAAUUC